AUGGAGAUCCUGUCAUAUUCGUCACUCUCAAAGGGCGAGGCAGCGAAGAUAUGUAUCUCUGCAAUGUGUACAUAUUUGCAUAGCAGUUCUCAAGUUACCCAAAGGAAAGGGAAGCCCGUCGGUCGGUGUGUCAAGCGAGUCCUGAUAACUACAACAGCUCUUCCUGCUGACUACCGCUCCCAUGCCCCGUACCGUCCUCCGUGCCACGUGCCUCUGCCAAGUCACGAAGUUUUGUCAUUGGCUGAGGGAUACAAUGUGUAUGACGUUAUUGUGACGUCAGGACUGUUCACAGGCCUGGUCUCCGUCGAACCUCAGUUGCUCCCAAACCCUUUAGAAGUACAUUAUUACACACUGGUCGCGAGAGGAGGAGAAAAUCCAAGCAGAAUCCCACAUAACCUUGAGCGGAACAACGGGCGUACUACCCCCCCCCCACCCCUCCAUCCCACCCAGCCAUCUGUGACGUUGUGGCCUCCGCUGGGCCUGUUCCUUCCUCGCAGGAUCCACUGUGAUAUCCUCCGCCGCUGCAGGAACACCGUCGGCAGAGCGGGAAAAAAGGCGGAUUUCUUUAAGCGUUUUAAGUGGUGUCUGACGUUAUCGGAAAGUGCAAAGAGGAAAAAACGCGUCAGCUGGACCUCUUUCGCGCCCGGUGGAUACUCAUUUGCUGUGAAGAUGAAGACGCGGGCGUGUCUUGCUUACCUCAUGGUGGGCGUGUGUGGGCUGGCCGCCGCCCUGCCCUUCGCCAGCGAGGGAGGCCAGAUGGGACCAGGCGAGGGACCCCGAGAUAAUAAUCCCGUGUUCAAUGUGUGGGAAUUCGCCUACAUUCACGACGGCUCAGUGAACACGAGGUCUGCGCAGGCGAGCGAGGCACACAGCAACAACAACAACAACAACGGGAACGACAACAACAGCCCUUGCUUGUGGGCCAUCGUGUCGUGCUGCGGCGCUCGCUCGGGCCACGGGCGCGACGAGUGCUUCGAGACCCUAGGCUGCCCGGGGGCGUGGUUUGAUAACCUCUGCUCCCAGGACUUCCAGAGCGCCGCCCACUCCGAGGUGUCCAACAUCCUCCAGUUCGGUUAGACGAGCUUGAACGAGAGAAGACGGGAGAGCCAGCGAAGGAGGUCGUUGCGAGAAAUGCGGAAGAAAGGACGAUGGCCGGAUGAAAAAGGAAGAGGAAAAGAGAGAAAUGAUUAAAACCGAAAAUGUUGCAAGUACAAACCAGAGGGGAGAGAAUGCAAUCUGGGUGGAAUUUCGAGAGAGGGGACCGUAAAGGAUGAUGUCUGAUGAAACGAUCUUGGGUUCGGAAAUGCGAUGAUUUUGAAGCGAAUAACAACGAAAUAUAUCAAAGGAAAACAUGAAAAGGUAUAACGAAUGGAACGAAGAUUAUUAAAUUCAAAAUUGACUUCUUUUUUUCUAUUUCGUAAAUUCAUUUUUUCUUGCACUUAUUGAAUUCAUGUGUGUAGAAAAGGGUACUAUAUGUUUGCAAAUGAAAAUCAAAUAUUAUACGUUAUAGAAUAGUACAUAGCCCAACAGACUAUUUAUACCGUAGCUUUAUAAUCUUAGUGGUACUAAUAUUUAUUCCAAGCAUUUACAGUUCAUGUAUAAUUCGUGUGAAUCACAUUUAAGUUAGUUUAUUUGAUUGGAAAGAAGAUAUAUCGAGAAAAGAUAAAUUGUCCUGAAUUAACUACCUUGUAAGGCUAUUGUGUGCGCAGUUAAUUUUAUGUUAGUCCUCAUAACAAAAGGGUUAUGUAAUGCAGAAGUCUAUGGGAAGCCUUUGUAUAAUAAAAAAUUCAAAUAUUU